UAUGGCGCUGUCCAUGAAGGUUGUGAAGAUGCUGGUUAUAGGAUUGUUAUUAUUUUGUAUUAUUUCAACAGUGCAGGGAAGACCUAAAUCUGUAUCUGUGACACUUGAUGCUAAAUGGGGUUCAACACCUUUAUUGUUAGAAGCUAGUGAAUACCUUGCAAAAGAAAAUAUAGAAUAUUUUUGGAGAUAUAUAAGUGAUGUUUCACUACUUAAACCUGAGGAAAUGGAAAGUGUGAAAGAUCUACCCUACUAUUCCAUGAUACUUACGUAUGCAGAGAAGUCACUAUCUAAAUUACAGAUGAGCUUACUGAAGUUGUCAAUGUCUCUAAGAAUUUAUUCUCCUGCUAUUGAAAAUUUUAAUCAGAUGGCGUUGCAUGAACCACCACCUGAAAAGAAAAACUGUGAUGUUUUUGUUAGCUUGAAUGGACUUCAGGUCUGUAGUCCCAAAAAAAUUGAAAAAAGCCUUGAAGAAGCCAAGAAAAGGAAAAAGUCUGCUAUAUACAAGUUUGACCAUGUUUACCCAGGAUCAGAUGAAUCUGAUGUACCGGUAGUGGCUGUUUUGUAUGGAGAACUUGGAAAGCCAAAUUUCAGGGACUUCCAUGUUGAACUUAGAAAUUUGGCCAUGAGUCAUGAAGUUACUUAUUUACUGCGGCACUUUGUUAAGAAUCCGUCUGAACAGAAGACCAGAUUAUCAGGUUAUGGGGUAGAACUGGCAAUUAAAAGUCAAGAAUAUAAAGCCAAAGAUGAUACAAAGAUUGAAGGUGAUGGGACGAAAGAAGAAGAUGAAGUGAUAGAAGGAGAAGAUGAAAUUCAAGGAUUUAUUUUCUCAAAACUUAAAGAUUUGUAUCCAGAAAAACAGGAUGAUUUGAAACAAUUUAGAAAGCAUCUUAGAGAAUCUUCUACAGAACUGACAGCAUUGAAAGUAUGGCAGUUACAAGAUUUGAGUUUGCAAGCUGCACAAACUGUAUUGUUAUCUGAAGGUCCAGAAGCUCUUAAAAAAUUACAGGAUAUCAGUCAAAACUUUCCAUCUGUUGCCAGGACUUUGGUUAAAGUACCAGUGAAGAAUGAAAUGAAAAAAGAAAUUGAGAAAAAUCAGCAGUAUUUUGAGAAUUACCAUGGUAUAUCUCCAGGAGACGCUGCCCUUUAUGUUAAUGGUCUACCAAUAGAUAUAGAUGUAUAUGAUAUGUUUACAUUCUUAGAUGUAAUGAGAUCAGAGGCCAAACUGAUGCAAGGAUUAUUUUCUUUAGGUUUCAAGGGUAAUGAUUUAUCCCAGUUGAUGAAGUUAGAUUUGUCAGGAGAAACAGAAAAUUUUGCACUGGAUAUUAGACAUACUGCCAUUCAAUACAUAAAUGAUUUAGAAAAAGACAAGAAGUAUAGUAACUGGCCAAGCAGUAUACAAGAUUUACUGAGACCUACUUUUCCAGGGAUGUUACGACAUGUUGCUAGAAAUAUAUUUCAUUUGGUUUUCAUUGUUGAUCCAUUGGAUAAAGAGAGUAGAGAGCUCGUUAAAAUGGCUGAAGCAUUCAUUGUUCACAGUGCACCAAUCAGAGUAGCCGUUGUAUUUGUAACAAAUGAUGAUAUGAAGAUAACUGGAUAUGAUGAUGCAGGUGUAGCCCUGUCUAGGGCAUAUGAUAUACUUAGUCAAGAAGAGAAUCCUGGGAAGGCUUUGUCAUUUGUCACUGAUGUGUAUGAAAAAGUGAAGUCAGGACCCAUUGCACCAGAACAAGUUGUUGAAAUGUUUCAAAAGAAGUAUAAAGAUCAUGACUUUGAAAUGAUAUUUGGUUCUGAUGAUGAAUAUGAUACAAGCAGAAAGGCAGCUUUAGAUUAUGUAAAAAGAGCAGGAUUAAAAGAUUUCCCCCAGGUAUUGUUGAAUGGUGUUCCACUGAAAGAUAAAUAUUUAACAGAGAAUACAUUUGAAGAGGGAGUUGUAUCAGAGAUUAUGGCACAGACACCAGAUAUACAGAAAGCUGUUUAUAAUGGGAACCUACACGAUGGCAACAAUAUUCAUGAAUGGUUGAUGGAGAAAAGUAAUGUGUUGCCCAGAUUAAACUCUCGAGUUCUGUCUCCACCAGUAAAAACACUAGACCUUACGGUUAAUAUUGAUGGUGGAUCGUUUGAUGAUCUAGAUACAUUUGGACUACUGAAUUCAGAUGACAUGACAGCCGUUAUGGCAGAAAAUAUGAAAUACAUGCAGAGAAGAGAUAACAUUGUAUUAAGAGCAGUGACUAUGUGGGUGGUUUGUGAUGUAGAAACAACAGAAGGGAGACAACUCCUUUAUAAUGCUAUUAAGCAAUUGAAACAUUCCCAUGAUUUGAGGGUUGGUGUGGUAUUUAAUACUGAAGUAGAGGAAGGCAAAGAUUAUAUGAUCAGUAAGGCUAUUUACUUAGCUCUCAAAACAUUAGACACUUCAGAAGCCAAGAAUUUCAUCACCAAGCUGGUAAAGGAAGAAAAUGUCAAAGAUUUGGUUGAAGCUAAGAAAACACUAAGAGAUUUUGAAGUCAGUGGAAUGGAUAUUGAUAAUUUCUUGUCUCAGCUUGACAAAUUAACAACUAAUUUUCUGAGAGUCCAUAGAUUGUUUGUAAGAUCUGUCCUAGGAUGGAGAACCGAGGCAAGAGGACUGGUGACAAAUGGCAAGGUAAUAGGAGCAUUUGAUGAUGUUGAAGAAUUUACAGAAGAAGAUAUUGCAUUGCAAGAGAAAUUUGUUUUUGAGAAAGGAGCAAAGAAAAUAAAAGAAAGAGUAAUGAAGAUGGGUAUUUUAGAUGAAAGGGGUAGUGACAUGGUGAUGAAAGUUUCUGCAUUAUUGUCAUCUAAAACUUCCACUACUGAAAGAAAAGAAAUCAGUUACCAUGCAGAUCAACACAGUGUUUUGAAGAUUCUAGGUGACGCCAAUGAACCUGCCUUCCAGAUAGAGGCUAUUGUAGAUCCUGUUUCUAGUGAAGCCCAGAAAUUAGCACCCAUUCUUUUGGUUCUGAAAAGAGCAGUGAAUGUUGAUAUAAAAAUCUUUAUGAACAGCAGGGAUAAAUUAUCAGAGAUGCCAUUAACUACAUAUUACCGCUAUGUUUUGAGCCCAGAUGUAGAAUUUGAGCCAAAUGCAAUGUUUAAGUCUGGACAGAAGGCAGUAUUUACAGGACUUCCACAUAAAUCUGUACUGACUUUAGGAAUGAAGUGUCCAGAAAGUUGGAUGGUGGAAAGUGUCAAGGCAUUAUAUGAUCUGGAUAAUAUUCUGUUAGAGGAGGUAGACAGUGUUGUACAUGCAGAAUUUGAUUUGGAAUAUCUUUUAUUGGAGGGUCAUGGAUCAGAUGGUUCAUCAGGACAGCCACCGCGAGGUCUACAGUUCACUCUAGGGUCUAAUUCUACACCUAUGGUGGACACCAUUGUUAUGGCUAAUCUAGGAUAUUUCCAGCUAAAGGCUACACCUGGACUUUGGUAUCUUAGACUCAGAGAAGGAAGGUCCAGAGAAAUAUAUGAUAUUACAAGCCAUGAACAUACAGACACACCUUCAGAUUCAGAUGAUGUUGUCAUUUCUAUGAAUAGUUUUAAGAGUAAAAUUAUAAGAGUCAAAGUUGAAAAGAAAGAAGAUAAGAAAAAUGAAGACUUAUUAAAAGAACCACAGGAUGAAGAAAAAGGUUUAUGGGAUUCAAUUUCAAGCACAUUAACAGGAGACAAAGGGGGUACCAAAGAUGUUGAUCAGACAUUAAAUAUCUUCUCCCUCGCAUCAGGUCUUAUGUAUGAAAGAUUAAUGAGAAUUAUGAUGAUGAGUGUUUUGAAACAUACAAAGUCAAAAGUAAAAUUUUGGUUUUUGAAAAAUUACUUAUCUCCAUCUUUUAAGGAUUUCAUACCAAAAAUGGCUGAAAAUUAUGGAUUUGAAUAUGAAUUAGUACAGUACAAGUGGCCGAGAUGGUUGAAUCAACAGAAAGAAAAACAGAGAAUUAUGUGGGGAUAUAAGAUCCUAUUCCUUGAUGUAUUGUUCCCAUUGGACGUAAAGAAAUUUAUAUUUGUUGAUGCUGAUCAGAUUGUAAGGGCAGAUUUGCAAGAGUUACAUGAUUUAGAUUUGAAUGGGGCUCCAUAUGGGUACACUCCUUUCUGUAGUGAUAGGAAAGAAAUGGAUGGAUUCAGAUUUUGGAAAUCAGGUUAUUGGGCCAGUCAUUUAGCUGGAAGAAAAUAUCAUAUCAGUGCUUUAUAUGUAGUAGACUUGAAAAAAUUCCGAAAGAUAGCAGCUGGUGACAGAUUACGUGGACAAUAUCAAGGAUUGAGUCAGGAUCCUAACAGUUUAUCUAAUUUAGAUCAAGAUUUACCUAACAAUAUGAUACACCAAGUUAGCAUUAAAUCAUUGCCACAGGAGUGGCUGUGGUGUGCCACUUGGUGUAGUGAUGAAUCUAAAGCUAAGGCUAAAACUAUAGAUCUGUGCAAUAAUCCAUUAACAAAAGAGCCAAAAUUAAAAGCAGCAUUACGAAUAGCACCUGAAUGGAAAGAAUAUGAUUAUGAAAUAAAAGUUUUAUGGGAUAAAAUAUAUGGUACAAAUACAAGGAGUCAACUAGAGUAUGAAGCACCAAAAAUAGAUACUAAAGAAAUAGGUGCAAAAUUAGGUUACCAUGACGAGUUAUAACGACUACUUAAUAACUAGUUUUAAAUUUGACAGUUGAAUCUUCAGAUUUUAGUUAUACAUAUAUGUAAAUCUAUACUAAUUUAUCAUUCUUGAAUUUUUAUUGUUAACAUUUACUCUUUGUUCUAAACAGUAAAAAUGAUUUAUAAAACAUUUUUUUAGGUCAACAAGGGACCAUAUGACCAAUAUUUAAGAUUAAUCAUGUGCUUAAGUUGUUAUUUGAGUUGUAUAACUUUGUUAGUAUUUUUUUUUGAAUGAGCUGGACUUGCAUAAAUUUAAUGGUAUAUUUUACACAAUAGUAGUGUAAAAAUGGAUGCUUUCUUAUGAUAUUAUACCCUGUUAACAGAAUUAGUAUUUUGCAAAUCAUGAUGUUCCUCAACAAAAUAUGCAUCAAUAUCUUUAACAAUUACUUAAUUUAGUAUCAGAUUAAAAUUCUGGGUUUAGUUCGUUGGAUAUCAAAAGUAAGAACCUAAACCUGUGGAAACUUAAGAUUCUUGUAUAUCUACUGAUAAUAACAAAUGAAUUUCCUGUUUGAAAAUUAAAUCAUGGAAAAAUCCUGUCAAAUUUUUUGAUUAAAAGUGCAUGAUUAUUUGUGCUGAAUCAUUUAUCUAUAAGAAACACAAAAUCUUUGUUUGUUUUCCAAAUGAGAAAUAAAACCUCUUAAAUUCUUUUUGUGUAAAUAUUUGUUUAUCGUUAUGAUAACACUAUUAAAGUACAAAAAUUGAUUGUAAGUUGUACUGAAAUGUUUUGAACUUUUUCCUGUUUGUUCUUGAAGGAUUUGAAGAAAACAUCACAUGUCUAGUUAACUGAAAUUCACUCAGUUUUUAUCACUUAUAAAGUAUUUACAAGACUUUUAUUUGGUUGCUAAAUAAUGCAAGUGUUUUAGAGACUUUUAGUAUUUACGAUUCUUAUCAUUUCAAUUCUACAUUAAGACAACAAUAUGCAGAACCAGAAAUUUGAACUGAUUUAUUAGACAAUCGUAAUGUUAAUGAUAUUAAUAAAAUUUAUCAAUGACAUAUUUUUUCAAUACCUUUCAUUACCGAACAAUACUUUCAAGACUCAGGUUUACGAUUCAUAUGCAACCAAGAAAAAGAAUAAGUGUAAGAUAUUGUGACAAGUCAAGAUUAAAACCUAGAUAUACAUAGAAUACCGGUACUUUCAGAUCUCAGAAUUGCUGUUCAUAAUUAGAACAUUGUGGAAAUGUGGAUAGGUAAUGGGUAGUCCUUUUUUUUCUCAUAUAUAUAAUGUAAACUAAGUAUAAAUGAUUUAGAUGAAAGAUGUAAUGUGAAGUGAAUCAUUGUUUAUAUGUGUCUAUUGUCUGACUUUCAAAGUAUUCAUAUAUGAUUGUUUUAGCUACUUAAUUUCUGUCACAUUAACCUUUCAGGUAUUGAAACAUGUUUUUUUUUUGUUUGCUUACUUAGAUUAAAAAAAAGACAUAUAAUUAUACUUUUGUUAUAGUGAUAAUUUUGCAGCACAUGGGAAUUUUUUAUGUAUGUUUUCAGUAAGUAUUGUCUUCCAGUAGGUUACUUUAAUUAACUCUAACUUAUUUUAUUAUUGCAUUUAUUUUACUUGUUCAAGUGAAUUAAAAUUAGUACUGCCAGGAAAGAAGCAGAAUGCCAGAAUUUUUGGGGAAAAUUAUAAACAUGAAAAUGUCAGCUCUGGUAAAAAUAAAACACUAUUCAGAGGGACCCAUGUUUGAUUUUUCAAGAUAACUGAAUCUUACAUGCAAGUCAAUAAUGGACAAUUUCAAUGCUGUACACUUCAAAGUAUAAACAUGAUGUGGUAUUCACAGAGCAAUUUGUUUUUUCUGUAAAAUUUGACAUUAUUUUUUGUUAAAUGAAAUUCUAUUUUAAUUGUUUACAAUAUUUAUUUUGUAUUGUAAUCAGAAAGAUAAAGUUAAGUUAUUUGUACACUCUGAAUGAUAAGAAAACAGUGAUAGGGAAUAUAUUUAGUAUCCACUAUCUUUUAUAUCACUUCAAAUUUACAUAUGAAACUGCAUUAAACUUCUUUUUUUAAAUUUGACUGACCUCCAGCUACUUUAAUGAUGGAAUUUAGAAAAGAUAUAAAGUGCAAUAUCGGUAGUCAUUGGAAUUCCAUUUAUUUUAUUGUAUAGGAUAAGAAUAAAAACAUCAGUGUGAUAAAAAAAAUAAACAUUCUCAAGUCUUUUUUGGGAGGGUUUGAGGGGUAAAAAAUAACAUGUCACUUUUAAUUUUACCUGUUUACAUUGGUUGUAAAACCUAAGAUUUGUUUAUCUUCAAGUUGCGUACUGUCAUUUUCAUAAUUUAGUAAAGUAAUGUAUCUGAGGUUUCUGUUAAUUUGUAUGAGAGAGUGAAAUGAUUGCCACUUAUUCUGUAUGGAUGACCAAUGAGUCAGUGUUAUUGUAUGAUAUUUCAGAAAUCAUGAUAGUUGUUGUAUUGUUAUAAUUGAUCUCCAUUCCAAAGUUUCAUACAUAUAUCCAUACAGUUUGUUUCUACAUAAAAUUUACUUAUUAGCCAGUAAAUUUGUCAUUUGCAAAACUAGAGUUUCUUUUCUAUAAAUCACAAAAAGAGAUACUCAACAAAUUUUUAUAUGUUCCCAAACCAUGAAAAUGAGUUAACAAAUAUUUGGUUUAUGCUUAAAUAUAUCUUGCAAGGAAGUCAAAAUUUUCUGUUAACCAUUAAAGAGAUAUGUGUAAGUAUAUGUAUGAACUAACAUUAGUAUGGUCAGGAACAUAUGAAAAAAGAAAAAUAGCAUGAGAGUUUGUUUUCAACUUUGAAAGUACAUGUAGUAUAAUUAUAUAUACAUGUAUUGAAAUAUGACUGAGUCAUUGUUAGAUCAUUUUCAAUUAAAAAAUUAAAAUAUCAA